AAAAUAUUAUUAUUUUUCCAGUUGACAAGUUGGGUCAAAGACUGUCUGAGUAUGAAUACCAUGAGCUUGGGAUGGUGUACAAUUAUUUCAAGGGCGAUAUCAUCUGUGUCCUGGAAUAUCUACCAACUCAUAGCUUCCUGUGUGAGUCUCAGAAUUACAUGCGUUUGGACCUCGAGUACUUCAGAUCAAUGGAGAAACAAUUGGGUCCAGAAACCUUUCCACAAUUGCUGCUAGAAGAUGUUCUGGAGAUGGGAAGAGAGGCUGUCAUUGGAUUGUUUAAAACUCUGUGCGCUCUACAGAAAGACCACCAGCACCCAAAUUUGUUGGGAAUUAUCAAUGAGAUCAACGCGGCAGAUCAGAGUGAUGUUAUGUUAUUGGCGCACAUUCUUCUGGACACGCUGGAUUCUACAGUGCCUCUAGAGCAGAAAGAAAUCUGGACUCGUCAUAGAACAUAUCUGCUGGACUUAACACAGACUCUUGUGGAGAAUAAACCUCCAGGAACGACAUUGAAUCAACAGAGAUUUCCGAUUUCUGAGCGCUAUUUGGAUCUAAUCGUUGUUUCUACUUAUCAAUUUGAACCACGUACUAAGCAUGAGAUCUUAUACACCGGUGGUCAACAUGAACUUUUUUUAAAGCAAGCCAAACAUGGUCUGGAACGUAUUAGCAUCGACAAGCUAUUCCGCUGGUGCCACCGAUCUGACUGCAUGCCACAUGCCGUCUUGGUGAGUGGAGUGCCAGGAGUAGGAAAGACCACCAUGAUGCAAAAAUUUGUCUUUGACUGGGUGGACCGCAAACUAUAUCAGAGGUUUAAUUUUGUGUUUUUUUUCAAAUUCCGGGACCUCAAUCAGCAUGAUAAAGAGAUCACCCUGGAGGACAUGAUUAUUAAAGAGUAUAAAUAUCUGGAGAAUUAUCUUAGCGACAUCUUCCAAAACCCAGAAAAACUACUUUUCAUAUUUGAUGGCUUAGAUGAAAGUAAUCUCCCCAUGGAUUUCAAUACAGGGCAAUUGUGCAGAAACACGAAGCACCCGGUACAGCUUGGUUCAAUUGUGGUUAGUUUAGUGAAGGCAUCUCUACUCCAGGGAUGUUCUGUCCUGAUGACCAGUCGCCCAUCAAAACUGGCAGGCAUCAACACCAGUGACUUCCAGAGAUUAUCGGAGAUUGUAGGGUUCUUCCCCGCAGAGAGAAAGAAGUACUUCCACAAUUUUUUUGUCAAUCCAGAAUUGGCAGAAAGGGCUUUUCAUUACGUUAGAGAGAAUGGGACAUUGUACACGUUCUGUUACAUCCCAACAUACUGCUGGAUCGUCUGUACAGUCUUGUCAAUGAGCCUUAGAAACCAAUCAGUAAACAUGGAUCAGCUGAUGGCAUCGUUGCCCAAAACAGUGACACAACUCUUUGUGACCUUUGUCUCCAACAUUCUGGCCCAUCACAGCCAUGAUGUCAGCAGUAACCGAGCUAAAGAACUGCUGAAGUUCUUGGGGCAGAUGGCAGAACAUGGCGUCAUGAACCAUAUUCUUACAUUUGACAUGAGAGAUCUGGAUUCAUUCAAACUUAAAUCUUCAGAACGUCUUCUAUCAAGCUUCAUGGUAGAAUCUAAAUCCUCUUGUGUGACUACUUAUUCCUUCCUCCAUCUCACCAUUCAAGAAUUUGUGGCCGCCUUACGUCAUUUUAUUGACUAUUCUGCAGAAGGACUAAGGUCUUCCAUAGAAAAAGCCAGGUCAUUUGAAGAUAAUCGUGGAGAACUCUUUCUCCGUUUUCUGAUCGGACUUUCUCAUAACACCACCAGAUCUCCUUUGGCUGGGUAUUUUAAUGCAUGCCCCUCAGAUGCUGCCAAGCAAGUAAUCACUUGGCUCAGUGGUUUGAUUUCAUCAUUCAACGUGGCAGGAGGUUCAGAUGAUGAAAAAAGAAGGCUGCUGAAUAUUUUCACCUAUCUGUACGAGUCUCAGAAUGAUGGUCUGGUAUUAUGUUUGCUCAAGUCGAUGACAAAUUUUGACUUUUCAGAAUUUCACUUGGCACCAUUGGAAUGUACCGUGUUGAUGUUUAUCCUCAAGAUAAGCAAAAACACAGAAAGUCUUGAUUUAGACUCUUCUUUCAUCCAUAGUGAGGGCUUGGAGCGUCUUGGUUCAGUUCUGCAUACGGUGAAAGAUCUUAGACUUUCUAACAAUGACCUAAAGGAUGAUGACAUGAAGAUCAUACACAAUAUAUUACUGAACCCCAACUGCCAGAUCCAAAAACUGAGUCUGAGGAAAAACGCUCUGACAUACAAAUCUUCUUCAUUGUUGGCCAAAGCAGUGAGAGGGAAUCAGACUCUACAGGAGCUCGACCUUUCCAGGAACAACAUGGCAGGACCGCACCUUGACGAAUUGCUAACGGCCAUUGCCGGUUGCAGGAUAACACACUUGUUACUACAGCAAGUGAAGCUGACGGAUCAGUAUGCUCAGCAUCUGCUGCUGCUCUGUAACAGUCAAAACCUCACACACCUCAACCUGAGUCUGAAUUAUCUCACGGACCUCAGUGCCGAACGGCUUGAAAUGCUGAAAAAGAAUUCACCGAACCUUCAACAGAUCAGGAUCGGGACAAAUGAAUUCUCCAAUGCAGUGGAAAUACAAUUCAGACAAAUGAACAUUACAGACUGAACAUCUGAAGAAUGCAGAAGAAAUACAAAAUGACCAGUGAGAGAUGAGCGCAGAGGAGGCUCCAUGUCUUUUUUAUAUGAACUGAUUUGUUGCUGC